AUGGACGUUUUCACAUGGUCACUGCCCUUUGUUGGCGAAAAGGUCACAGAAAUGCUCGUAAAUGUGCUCAAUAUCUGUUCGGACGAAGAACUCAUGGCAGAAACGGACUCUGUGGAAGACCUGACGAAGAUCACUGAUCAACUCAGCGUCGAGCAAAUUCAGAAAAGAAAGGAAACAGAAGAGAGGCGUAUCGCUCUCCAAAAGAAGAUCCUUGCAGUCGCAAAGAUGGCAAAGUAUUUCCACACGCUUCGAGAGGAAUCUGAAACAGUGCUGCACCUCAAGGGCUUAACCCCAAAUGGCAUGCUCCCCGCCGGAGUUCUGGACAGUAAAUCUGGCUUGAAUCAAUCUGUCGAAGCGAUCAAGAACAGACAAAAGGGAAUCUCCUUAUUCGAGGAUGCGAAGAGCUUAGAUCGUCAGAAUGAAAUGAUGCCAAAAAGAAAAAGUGAGCUGGACUCAAAAGUGAGCACUCCUCAAGCGUCAAGAUCAAAUUCGAUAACACCGAAGAAUAACAACUCAGAAACCAACAACAAAACCAAAACGUGA